AUGGCUAUCUGUGGAGCUGAGCCAGAAAAGGCGGUAGAAAGUAGCAAGAAAAUAGGGGGAAGUGGUUCAAGGGAAGCUGGUGAAGGGCUAGUCAAUCUCAGUAUACAUACAGAUGAACCUGGUUCAUCUAUUGAGGAGACCCUAGAAGAUCUUUUGAAGAAGGUUGGUGCAAGCUAUAACCCCAAGAAAAGGAGAACUCCAACACCAAAAGCUUCUAGCACUGCAAGAACCACCAAGAAAAGGAAGGCUGCUUCUCCAACAACUACGGAUAUUCCUCUACCAAAAAGAAGGGCCACAAGAAGUAAGUUGAAGCAGAGUGAGGAUGAGUUGCAAAAAGCUAUGGAAGAAAGUAAGAAAAAAAUAAUGGACAAAGGGAAAGCUAAGGUGGCAGAGCCUGUUGAGGCCAUUGAUGUGGAUGAGAUGGACCCGGUCCAUCAGGGUGAACAUGUGACUGUGGAGGUUCAGACCCCUAAGCCCAAGAAGACCAAGUCUUCCUCAAAGAAGUCUUCAUCUGUAUCCAAGUUUGCUGAACCUUCUUCUUUGGCUAAAAGGACAAGGUCUGCUGUGAAAGCCAAGCAAGUUAAGAUUACUGAGGAGGAAGAUUGGAGUGGUGAAGAAGCGAGUGAAUCUGAUAAUGAACAAGAUAAGCUGGCCAAGUUUGGAAAACGAACCAUCUUGAAGGGUAAACUUAUGAAGGACUUGGAGAAACCAGGGAUAGUCCUACUGGUUGAUGCGCUAGAUGUUUAG